AAAAAAAGAAGAGAAGAUACAUACAACAGCCGGUGUUCGCUAAUGGUCACCCACUUAACUACUAAUCUGCCGGUUAGAGACUUGUCUAUGGGGGAGCAGACGAGACCCCGAAUUCUUCUCUACCUAUGGUCGUAUGUGCUUGGUUCGGUCGUAAAAUUGCUCCUU